AUGCAAGUUGGAGAAGCGGGGAACCCUCGCAUAGUGCGGGAUGAGGAUGGAGGUCAGGAGACGAACAGUGUUGUAAGGGCAGCCCAGGAAGAUCGGCGUAAUCCAGAAGUCUCCCCCUAUCGAUCGGGACAACUCGAUGAGGUGGAGGGACUUCAUCCCUUCACAGUUGCAGUUCUUGGUGCGCCUAUGCCUAACAAUAAGGCAUUACCUGCCAUGGAGAAAUAUGAUGGAUCAACCGAUCCUGAUGAGCAUAUGAGAUCGUUCAUAGACGCAAUGGUUGUCUAUUCUAUUGAUAACUUGGUAUGGUGUAGGGUUUUUUCCUUGUCUCUAAAGGGAGAAGCCAUGGCUUGGUUCCAUUCUUUGGAGCCUAUGACUAUUGAUGGGUUUGGGACGUUGCGUAAUUUGUUUGGGCAGCAGUACGCGUCCAACAAGACCCAAGGACUAAUGUAUCUGGCGUUAGUAAAGAUAAGGCAAGAGAAAGACGAGACUUUAAGAGAUUUCAUGAACCGAUUUAAUAGAACCGCUCGACAAGUAAAUGACGUGGAGAGGAAGUUCAUAUUGAACAGCUUAACCACUGCAUUACGACCAGGACCUUUCGCUGAUAGCCUAUAUGCCGAAUCGCCGCUGACAAUGGGGGAAUUGCAUAACAUAACUACUAAAUCCAUACACAUUGAAGAAAUGCACGCUUUUCAGAAACAACAGCAGGAAACUUUUGUAGGAGAAAAUACAGACGACAAACAAUCAGUCCACGGCAACGACAAGGAAGGAGGUCCUCGUUCAAAGGACUUUUCCCGAAUGCCUAAAUUUAAUCAUUACACAGCUGUAAAUGCACCAAGGGAAAAAAUCCUUGAGGAAUCCCUUAGUGUUGAAUUCCUUUUGGUCAGAAAGUUUCAUUCACCAAAAAAUGCUGAUGGAGGGAAGCACUAA